CGGCGAUUCUUGGUGGCACAAAGCGGUUCCAUGCACCCGGAUGCACACCCCGGGCGGGGCAGCAGCAGCACCGAAACAAAUCGCCACGCUUUGCAGGAACCAUUCCCGACCCUUCCUUCUCUCCCUCCUUCUGCCCACGCCGUGUACGGGGGUGCGAACAGAAGAGGAUGAAGCAGGAAUAAAAGGCAAGGCUGCCUCCCUGUCAGGAAAUGGAACCCCGGUCUCCCACAAUACAGGCGGGGAUCCUCAGCACUCCAUUAAGGACAAACGAGGGAAGCUGCCUUUUUGUGCCAUGGGUGUGAGCUCUGUUAUCCAUCCAAAGAAUCCUCAUGUUUCAACAGCGCACUUCAACUACAGAUACUUUGAAAUUGAAGAAGCGGAUGGAAAUAAAGAGUGGUGGUUUGGUGGCGGGAGUAACCUCAGUCCAACUUACCUGAAUGAAGAAGACGCCGUUCAUUUUCAUAAGACUCUGAAAGAAGCCUGUGACAAGCAUGAUCUGAAGCUGUACCCCAAGUACAAGAAAUGGUGUGAUGACUACUUCUAUAUCAAGCACCGUGGCGAGCGAAGAGGGAUUGGAGGCAUAUUCUUUGAUGAUAUGGACUCCCCCUCCAAGGAGGAGGUGUUCCAGUUUGUAAAGAGUUGUGCCAAAGCUGUUGUGCCUUGUUACAUGCCCAUUGUGAAGAAGCACUGCCAUGACCCCUUCACCCCAGAGGAAAAGCUAUGGCAACAGCUUCGGAGAGGAUGGUAUGUAGAGUUCAACUUGGUUUAUGACAGAGGUACUAAGUUUGGCCUCCUGACAGGAUCAAAAAUCGAAAGCGUUCUUGCGUCUCUGCCACUGACUGCAAGGUGGGAGUACAUGCACAACCCACCCGAGAACUCCAGAGAAGCAGAAAUCUUGGAGGUUCUGCGGAAUCCCAAAGACUGGGUGCACUGACACGGGUCCUGAAGAAGAUGGAUUGCUUCCACUGAGCUGUUCUGAGCGAACAGGAACGCCUGCAAACCAGCCCAUUCAAACUGCUGUGGCGUGGUGUUUCAGUGUGUCCAUUUAUACUCUUCCUAGUGCCUUAGUUAUGCUGUAGACUUGUUAGAACUUACAAAAGCGUGAACUCCUUCUUUUAGAUUGAUGGGCUAACAUUGUCACCCGUCACUGUUGCCUUGUGAAGGACUGGUGAAGACCUGAUAGGGCUACUCUGCAUGCUUUAGAUGACUGCAAAAUGGCAAACUGCUGUGAUAUGUUCAGGGAAAUGAAGGCAUUAUCUGUGCCUAAAUGGCACUGCUUACCCUUAUGGAAUGUUGGGAUGCUUAAAAACUUUUUUUAAAAGAAUAAAGAGAAUUUUUGGCAUUAUAUUAAACCUCAGACCGUGCUUUUGGGAAG